CGUGAAAGGCUUCAUCCCCAGGUCGCAGGUCGGCAUUGAGUCGGGCACGAGUCUAGCCUCGGCAUUCCACGAGUUCGCUGCAGAGUCCUCAAGGUGUCCCCCGAGAAGCAGAACAUCACCCUCAGUCUCCUGGUUGACAAGGACGUUCAGCCAUUGAGUAGGGCGCCCAAGUCAGCGAGGAAGGUUGAGGUGCGAGCAAGAGUCAGGUGUGUGGUGGACGAGGUGAGGACGCAUGUUAUCACAGUCACUGUUCUGCCCCACAACAUCGAGGCUUCCAUACCUGUCCACCACCUCUCGGAUGACCCAAGCAAGUGCCAGCUGCUGAGGGAGGUGCUGAAGGAAGGGGAUGAGAUCACGAAUGCCGUGGUGUUCAGCAAGGUGCCCGGCUCAUCCAUCACCCUCACUCUCAAGCCGUCAGUGUGCUUCUGGGUGGACGGUGACACUCCCGAUGCCCCCCACAGCCAGGAGGAGCAAGUGGCGGAGGAAAGCUACCCGGCAGCCGUUUUAAGUGUCAAGAACUACGGAGUGUUUGUCACAAUCCCCUUGGGAAGUGCCGGGACCAGGGCCCUCGUGCACAUGAAGAACCUCGUGAAUCCCGGCAAGUGGGCAGGCAGCAAAAACUUGGGGAUAAGUGUCGGGCAGUCACUCUACGUAACCUACAAAGACAAGGAUGACAAGGGGCGGCCCAUUUUGACGUCUGCACUGAAGGAUAACUUGAAAAAUGCAAUGCAGUCAAGUCUUCAGCUGCUGUAUAGUUAUCUGAAGAAUGAGGAAAUGGUUGCCAGAGGCAUGCUAAACUCUAAGGGUCAAGGGAAAAGGUUGACAAGGUUUGGUGUUGGAGACAAAGUCGUGGCCAUAGUGACUAAGUUAACGUCUGAUGAGGUUCAUGUCAUAGUCAAGAACAGCAGCGUGGCCGGGCUGGUGCCAUGCGGCCACCAGCACGGCAAGGCGGCCCUCAAAGUGGGCCAGAAAGUCAAGGCUGUUGUCCUUCAUGUGAACCAGGAAGACAAGCGCCUGGACCUCACUCUGAAACCCAACCUGAUCUUCAACUUAAAUGGAAACAAAAACGCUGAAGUGAAGACAGGAAUGAAGGCCAAGUGUGAAGUGGUCCUGUCCAAGAGCACUUUCACAAUGGUUAUGAUGAGGAGCACUUGCAAGGGAACGGUGGCCUACCUGCCCUCCAGGAUGCACCUCAACGUGCUGAACGAUGGCCCCCUCAGCACCGCCAUGGGCAAGAGGUGCUGGGUGGCGGUGAAGCAUGUGGAGGCGGGGCUGGUGCUGGGGGUGCUGAGGUGCCAUGACAGCGGGGAGGGCUUCACGCCAGCCACCCAGCUGCCGGAGAUCAGCUUCACGCCUUGCGCCGGAGACACUGACAGCGAGGCGGAACAGGAGGAGGAGGCGGAGACUGACGCUGAGGAGGGCAGCAACGACGCCAACUCUUCAGGCACUGUCCAAGGCGGAGAGGCCAGCACAGGGGAGGUCGUUCACCCUGAGAAAGGAACAAAGAGACCUGCUGAUGACGAUGCCUCUCAGACUAGUGAAGAAGCACAGCAAGGCAUCAAGAAGAGGCAGCUCAAAGACAAGGAGGCAAAGAAAACCAAGAAGAUAAAAAUUGAGAAAGAUGCCUCUCAGGAUAAGGCCAAAGAGGAGGUGGAGCAAAGGGCCGACAGCUCUCCCAGCAAGGGCAGCCGCGAGGAGAUGAAGGCCAGUGAGGGUGAUGAGGUGGAAGGUGAGGUGAGCGGUGCCAAGCCUUGCCUCACACUGGGAACAGGCUUUGUGUGGGAAGUUCCCGACACGCCGGAGUUCAUGGACUCCUCAGACGGUGAGGACCAAGACGUGCCAAAGAAGAAAGAGAAGAGAAUGCGGAAGUCAGAAAUAAUAGCCCAGUCCAAGGAGGAGGAGCAACAGUUCUCGCGGCUGGAGGAGGGGCGGGCGCUCGCCACAGUCAGCCAUGGACUUUGAGGCCAUGCUCCAGGGUAGUCCAAACUCAUCAGCCGUGUGGAUACAGUUCAUCAGUUUCCACCUUGAGAGUGCCGAGGUGGACAAGGCCAAGGCAGCGGCACGGCGAGCCUGCAGGUGAUGGACGCACAGGAGGAGGAGGAGGAGCGCCUCAACGUGUGGACAGUGCUGCUGAGGCUGGAGGGGCUCUACGGCGGAUUUGACUUUCACUGGUAGCCUGGAGGCCGAGAGGGUGUACUUCAACAUGUCCAAGAAGUUCAGUCAGGAGCUGAGUGUGUGGGUGAAGGCGGGACUCUUCUUCUUCAGUCACAUCAUGGCUGGGGAGGGACGUCGCUUCUUUGAGCGGGCGCUGCGCUCUCUCGACAAG